AUGGAUUGGUGCGAUACUUGUUGUCAAUUCAUUCUACCACAGGAUCAAAUUCAAAGUUUAGGCCGUUAUUAUCAUCGAAAUUGUUUCUAUUGUGCUCAAUGUCGACGCCAACUUCAAGCAGGAAAACAUCUACAAUUAAAGCAACAAUUAUUUUGCAAUCGUUGCUCUAGUUCUAUCUUAUUGCAGCAAUAUCAUACCAGCAAUGAUCAAGACGAACAAGAGAUAGACGACGACAACAACCGUGGUGUUGUUCAUUGCAAUAACAUCAUCAAUAACAAUCAUUCUUACAAUUGGCAGGAUACAUCAGAAAGAGAGAAAAAUAAUGCUUAUCAAAAGCCGUCCUUAACCCAACAAAACCAUAGUCAAAUCGAUUCCAUCAAACAAAGAGUAGAAGAGUAUAACAUUUAUUAUGCUCAAAGUCAUCAUUUACAUUUAACCAUUCAAAAACAAAAUGAUAACAUGAUUGUCCAUGGACUUUUAAAAUUCUAUUGGCAUAUCCAAUUCCCAACACGUAUACUAGAUCAACAUACCACCCAUCUUAUUACUGAUUUAAUCGAUGUCAAUACAUCAAUUGACAACAACAACAAUCUUGACUAUCCUUCUUUCUUACCUCCAAUCCAUUCAUUACAACAUAUUCAUAUCUCAUCGAAUUUAUCAACCGUCAAUGUUAUCGCUUUACUAUUAGGCAAAAAUAAAAUUAUUCAUCAUCAUCAACAUUAUGGCCUUUUCCUAACUUAUCAUCAUGGCUAUACACGACAAUUAAAAGAGGAUGAAUAUCCACUCUUGGUACGCUUACAAGUUGGCCCUAGUGAUGAAGUAUGUAAAAUUGUGCUGAAAGAAAUGGCUCAUGACGAUCAACACAACAAAUCGAUAUCGCAAGAAGCGGCUCAAUUUAUGUGCUUUUCAUCCACAGAAUUAGAAAUUAUCUUGAAACAAUACCAAAUUGAAGAACAGCGUGAGUCGGAGAAAAUUCGUACCAAAUAUUCCAAGGAAAAAACCUUGAUUGAAAACCAAUUACAAUCGAUGCAAUGCAGCCUAUAA